AUGUUGCCUAUGACAAUCAUAUCUUCACUCAUCUUCUUCACUGCCAUCAGUGCUAGUGCCCUUGAACCUCGCGCGAAAGUGGAUGGCCCUUGUACUGGCAAAAGUGGCAUAGGUGGUGUCUGCAUCUCAACCUCCUCAUGCACCAAGGAUGGUGGCAGUUACAUCAGUAAUGCGUGUCCAGGUACACCUGAUGAUAUCAAAUGCUGCACAAAACCCAAUUGCCAGAGCGGUUCUCAGAGCGGAGACUGUCGCUUCACGGACAAGUGCACCGGAGGGAAGCCAAUCUUGUCAAAUCUCUGCCCUGGACCCAACGAUUUCAAAUGUUGCAUCACAAAUUCCAAUGGUCAAAAUCUAGGCCAACUAAUAUUGGCAAAAGCGAAAACGGCAGAAGGAACCCCCUAUCACUGGGGUGGCGGGAAUUGCAACGGCCCCACGGGUGGCGGAUACGACUGCUCGGGGCUUGUGUCGUGGGCCAUUUGCCAAGUAACUGGGCGAAACUUGUUUUCCGAAGGCUUGAGAGUCACUAGGAGCAUGUACUGUGCCAGCGAAAGCAAAUUGAAAUAUAAGAAGCUUAACUUCGCAGAUCGCCGAGCAGGCGAUGCAGUGUUCUUCGGCGGCAAAUGCGAUUGUGCCAACGAUCCUGAGGGCAUCCAUCACGUAGGCUUGAUGAUGAACAGUGGGUACGAUAUGUGGAAUGCAUUGAAGACAGGGACCAAAGUGAGGAAAGACAAUUUCCAGAACUGGAGUGAGAAACCAUGUCCGAAGGUGAUUCGUUUCUAG